GUGACAGGGGCAGUCCCUCCCCUGUGCACCGGGAAGGGGGAAGGGAAGAGAGAGGAGGAGAGAAACGGGAAAGGCGGGGCCAAGAGGGUGGAGGAGAGCGGGGGAAGGCGGCGGCAGCGGCUCGACAGACACCCUGCCGCUGGAAGCAGCAGCCGGCCGCAGCUGGAACUUGCCCGCUCGCCUCCCCCACCUACAGGGGAGAAGCCGGAGGAGUUUCCGAGCAAAUCUGAUUGGGUCGGGGGGAGCUGGAACGCGGCCCCCACCCUCCCGCUUGUGCGCCUUGGCGGUGAGAUUGACGGGGAGCCCCGGGAGCUGCCUGCCGCGUGGGGUGCGCAGGCGAAGAGGCGGCAGGAGGAGCUGCGAUGAAGCCCUGCGAAGAGGAGGGGCCGGGGGCUGCGGCCGGAGGGGACCCCUGGCAGGAGUGUAUGGAGGUGGCGGUGCAGCUGGCGCGCCGGGCUGGGCAGAUUAUUAAGAAAGCUCUUACAGAGGAAAAACGAGUGUCUACAAAAACAUCUGCAGCUGAUCUUGUGACAGAAACUGAUAAUUUUGUGGAAAAUGUGAUAAUUUCUGCUCUGAAAGAGAAGUUUCCCUCCCACAGGUUUAUUGGAGAAGAGUCCACUGCUGCUGGUUCAAAAUGUGUCCUCACUGACAAUCCUACCUGGAUUAUUGAUCCCAUUGAUGGAACCUGCAAUUUUGUGCACAGGUUUCCAACAGUGGCAGUUAGCAUUGGAUUUGCUGUUAACCAAGAGCUUGAAUUUGGUGUAAUUUACCAUUGCACUGAAGAACGAUUAUAUACUGGUAGAAGAGGUCAAGGGGCAUUUUGUAAUGAAAAAAGGCUUCAGGUAUCAAAAGAGACAGAUAAGUCGAAGGCCUUGAUCUUAACAGAAAUUGGUCCAAAACGUGACCCUGAGACUUUGAAAUUGUUCCUCGGUAACAUGGAGAGCUUACUCAAAGCCCAAGUACAUGGGAUCCGUGUAAUUGGAAGUGCUACCUUGGCUCUGUGCCAUCUAGCAUCUGGUGCUGCAGAUGCAUAUUACCAGUUUGGUUUACAUUGCUGGGACUUGGCAGCAGCUACUGUCAUUAUUAGAGAGGCAGGUGGUAUUGUGAUAGAUACUUCAGGAGGACCUCUAGAUCUCAUGUCAUGCCGAGUGAUUGCUGCUGGCACUAAAGAGAUGGCCAUGUUCUUAGCUCAGGAAAUACAGACUAUUCACUACAGACGGGAUGAUGAGAACUGACGGACAUUAAAUACUUUUACAAAUAACAUGGAGUUUGUCUUUCUAAACUACUUAACUUCUUUCAAGAUGGGUGUCUUAGAGGAUACAUGAUUUUAACAGCAUGUUUUCUGUGCAGGUCUUCUGUGUCAAAUGUUUUAAACAAUUUUAUUACAAGGUGGCUUCCCAACAUUGUAGCACGGGAGGAGGGAGAUUUUUAAAACCUCUAAGAUUUGUGGCUUCUUUUUAAUAUGCAUCUAUUUCAGCAGUACCUUUUUUAUAUGAUCACCUGUAGCGCUUGUUGCCAGAUUUGAAGUUUCACAUCUGUUCAGGCUGAAACGGAGUCUUUUGGAACAUAUUCAACUAAAAAGCAAACUUUAUUUUUACAAAACACAGAUCUCAGGUAAAUGAGCUUUAGGAUUGUAGUAGAUAAGUAGUUAAAAUGUGUGCCUACCGUACCCAUAUUCAACAGUAUUUGAGAAUGCAAUAAAAAGUGUUAUUACUCCAUUUCUCUUUUCUAACUAUAUCAUGACCAUAUAUAUGUUUACAGUGAUUUACAAAGUAUAUAAAAGAAGGUGAUUUUAGGUAUUUGUUUCAAGGAAGAGUAUAUAUUCACUUUAUGAAUGCAGUGGGAGUUACCUAAUAAUGGUUAAUAACAGAGCUGCUAAAAAAAAUGGAAAAUAUUUCAUGAUUUUUUUUUUUUCAAAUUUUCAAAUUUUUUUCCAACCAACUCUAGCUUAUAGAGAAUGUUAACCAAUUGGGGCCAAAUCUUACAGUCCUUAUUGAACACUUACUGAGAGCUCAAACCUGCAAACAUUUACUACCAUGGAGUAGCUGUGACUGGUGGGCAGAGUGCUUACUACCAUGAGUAUUGAAGUCUGUAAGGACUAUUCUCAAUGGUAAAUACUAUACAUGGUAGUUAGUUCUGGAGAAUAGGGCCCUAUGUCAAGGAACUAUUGACUUCAGUGGAAGUUCUGCCCAAGAAGAAACUGCAGGAUUUGGUGUUUAGGGGUAAAUUGUAAAAAUUGCCACCUUAGUUGUGCUUGCGAAAGAAUAAUUGUAAAUGUAAAGUAUUCAUUUUGCACGUACAAUUGUAGUCACCCUCAGAAUAUCUGGAAACCUUGUAAAGUAAAUGACUAAAUCUAAAAGCACAAAAAUUCUGUGCAACUCUAGUUUUGUGUUUGGCACUUUUUUUUUUAAAUCAAGUUGGUACUUUCUAUUUUUUUUUUUUUUUAAAUUAUAUCAUCUGACACUACUGAACUUCUUAAAUGUUAGUGUCCGGAAAAGAAUCUGAGAUUAAACAUGGGGACUUACCUCUAGUUUUUCUAUUGAUGUUGCAAAUUCAAAUCUACAAUUAUUUUUGAAUAAUACAAAGAAACAAAAAGACCCACAAAAUACACACAAGUCUAAAUUUUUAAAAUCUGUUCCUAAAUUGCACAUGCAGACUAUGUAAAUGUGCGUGUAAACUGCAAUGAGAAACUGGAAAUUGAAUGUACAGUUAUCCAUUUUGCAUGCACAACUGAAGAACACAUUGUUAAAAAUAUUAGCCAUUGUACAUGCCUUUUUAUUUUCUUCUGUGAAAAAUGUUUUUCAUUACGAGUAUAACUUGUAUACUCUAUUUUUUAAAAUGAGAAAUGCAAAAUUCUGGCUGUGGAGAGAAUGGCUAAAAUAUAGGGCCCUGAUUUAGCAAAGCAUUUAAGCACAUGCUUAAGUCUCAUUGGCCCUGAUUCUCCUCUCCAUCAAAGCACACCUCAGACGCAGACGACAAUGACAGAUGCAGGUAGCUGGCUGUAAUUCCCUGAUCUCUGGCCAGUUAGCCAGGGCAGAAGACAGAGUAGGCCCCCUGCUGCUCUAGCUUCUGACACUGAUUGAUGUAAGCUCUGUAAAUGAGCUUACACCUGCAGGGAAUCAGAGGUAGUGGAGUUCAGCUCACCAUUCCCCCUCUUGGUCCACCAGCCUAUCCCAACAAGCUCCCUUCUUUUCCUUAUGCCAGAGAGAGAGCUAGUUUAAGAGGUGUCUAUACCACCUCUACCAGCUUUACAUCAGUAGAGAUUCCUUGUACACAGGAAGACUCUCUGGCUGGUUUAAAUUCACUUUGCACCAUUUACAUGAUGCACUUAAUGGAUGAAAGAAUCCUGCCCACUGAUUUUUCAUGGCAUUUGAGCACACUUAAAUGCUUUGCUCAAUUGGAGCCUCAGUGAGGUGGGGAGGGGAAUGUCCAGAAAUCCAGUCUCGGAUUCACCUGUUACUGUCCUGGAUAAAACAAUAUUUUUUAAAAAUAAAUAGAGAGCUUGUUCUGAGAGUUGAUGAGCGCCUCAGACUCCUACUGAUGUUAGUGGAGUUACAGCUGAUCAGUAGCAUAAGGAGAAGGCCCAGAGUUUGCAGUGCCAUUGGCCACGGUGAUUCCCACAUUUUACUUAGAAUUAUUAAUUAGCUGACAGUUCUUAGAAGUAAAUCCUGUCCUCGGUUUUUGACUGUACCUUCCAUCUUUCCUUGCUUGCUAGCUAAAUCUCUCUUUUGUAGGCAUAUUCCUUACUGUAGACUUUCCAUUCUAAAGUUUAAAUUAAUACUGUGUGUAUAGUAUGGGAGCCAAAUCUUUACAUGUUUAAUUAGGGUUCUUUUUUUUCUUAAAUAAAAUAAGGUUGGUAGCUACUCUUUAACCAGCAGUUAUAAAAUUAGUAUUUUUAACACAAUGAAGAUGUGAAAGGUUACAAUCCAUUUCACAUGCUUUGCGUUGAUUUUAAAACACAUUUCAGGCUUUAGAUAAUUUUGGAGACCAGUUUCUGAAAGCAGAGGCAAUAUUUUAAAUAUGAACAAAGAUGAUAAGUUAUAAAUGAUAAGUUAUAAGAACAAGUGUUUCCUAUCCUGAAUGUCAUAACCUGUGCUGGCAUUUUUUCCAUGUUAGUAUCCUAGUGAAUGUUGGUGGAGAUUUCAGAAGAGAGUAAGGAGAAGCCAUGGGCAUCUCUGAUACACCAAAGGAUAUUUUUGUGGUGUCAUACUCUUGUGUCCCUAGUGUAUUCAGGAUGAAAAAUAGUUUGUUUUACAAACACAUAAUCUAAUCAUCUUAAUUACAGGACAGUCAUUUGUAAAUUUAUUUAAAAAUGUACUUUUAGGGGUUGAAGAUGCUUUUUUCAUUUCCACCCAGAAAAUUAUAUAAAUGUAUUCAGCUUUUUUUUUUUUUUUGAGUUAUCAGAAUGUGGCUGCAAUUGGAUCUAUGCAGGCAGAUUCUGUACCUUUGCAAAGCCUUAUUGAAAUCAUGGGUUUGCCAGCAUGAAUCAGGCAUACGUGUUUUUCCAACUGUUGGAAAAAAAUUCAAAAAUGCUUGUUUUGUGCUUGGAUAACUCAAAAACAACUGUUUUAAAUCUCUAGGCUUUAUAUUAUUUAAUCUGAAAUGAAAACCAGUGCCUUUUGCCAUAUAAAAAUAAUUUUGGUUUUGAAAAAAACAAAAUUAUGGACAUUUUAAAACAAUAUAUGGCAUGUGCAUAGAACACUCCGUUCUAUUUGUAGAAACAUAAAGGAAGCUAGUAUGCGUCAAACAUCUGCAGUUAUGAAUAUCUUAGACCACAUGUGUGUAACUGGGUAACCAAAUCUUUAUUUACACGGCAAGUGAGUACAUGCUCUGAAUAGAUGAUAUCUUUUAUUCAAGGGAGUGCUGCUCAGCAUCUUAUUCCUUUACUUUUCCGUCUGUCACCUGCACAAUGGUUUCGAACAUUUUAAAUCUACUGGUUUGGUAUAAUAAUCUGAAAUAAUAAUGUACAAUUAUAAGUGCAUUUUGGUGUGAACAGACAAACUACGGGAAUAACAGUAAACUGCAGAUAAAGUAGUCUUCCAUUACAUGAUCACACAGCAUAGGGAAAUGUGAUAUACUGUUCACCAAAUACUAAGUAACAUAGAAAGGAACUCCAUCUUUUUCUAUAACAUAUAGCAUAUAUAACAAUAGUGCUGUGUAUUUCUGUCAUGUGGCAUACUUCAGUGCAUGCCCUAAUGUACAGCUUUUACACAUCUCCAGGUUUUGGUCUGUAACAUGUUACAAACACCACAGUUUGCAUGCACCAGUAAUGUCAAGACUCUAAUACACUACAAUUAAACCUAUUAAAUUGGUUCCAUAUUUAAGAUUUUCUAUUGCCAUUGUUCUUAUAAGGAGGUGGGGCAGAAAAGCAAAUAAAUGCUCAAGUUUUCAAUAACAUAUCCUUUAAAAUCAUCCCAUCCCAGUCCACUGCAGUCAAGGAAUUGCACCUGUUUACAACAGAGCAUUUUUAGCCCUAGAAAUACUACCGAGGUAAAACAUUCAUGGUGCUACAGAGGAAGUGUCUCUUAUCGCUGAACAAUUACUUCAGAUUUAGAGUAUGCAGUGCCCAGUUUACUCCAAAAGGAAUAUUGUUCACUUCUUAGGAGAGGCCACUGACAGUUGAUAAGAUCAAGAUCAUCAUUAAUGGAAACAUAUAUCAGCAGCUGUUACAAAAAUAUUGUUCACUUAUUUUGCUGCACUCUUUCAGUGCUGUGUAUAACACUUAAUGGGGUAAUGUAAACCCAGUUAGUAACUCUGUUUGAAAUUAUUUUUAAAUGUUUUUGUAACAAUCUAUUUUUUAAUGAGAAAAGGAUUAUAAUCUGCAUUAAACAUAUGGUAGACAGAGUCUAUUUCUCUGCUUUAUGAACUCUACGUGCAAAAACAUGGAAAUUUAGACAUACACAAAGGUUAAGUGGUUGUGGGUUUGGUGUGGGUUGUUUGUUUGUGAAUGGCUUUGCUGGCAGCCAAAUAUCUUAGAAAAAUUCAAAGAAGGAUUAGUUAUUGGAAAGAAGAUAGCACAUUCAGGCACACAGGCUAGGAUAAAAAUUUAUAAGGGCUGUAGACAGAUCCUCAUGCUUCAAGGUACAAGAUGAUUACCAUCCUGAAUGCUAAAAAUGUCAGGAUAAAAAAGUACAUAGUACUGAACUGCACAGAGUGAAUUUGGGGGAAGAGUUUACACUUUCUUCCUCUAAAACUUCAAGUAUUGACCUCUAUCAUAGACAAGAUAUCACAGGAUCUGGACCACUGGUGUGUUCUUAUUUGAGUGAGGAAAACAUUUGAUUUGUGAAACCUUCUCUGAGUAGUACUUGAGCCCUGGUGCUUCCAACAGACAAAAGCCGUAAGUGUACCAUUGUCUCUCCUAAAUAAUCAAAGGUGUUAAUAAACCCCUAAUCAGAGGGUAAAAUUUUCAAAAGUGCCUUAAUGACUCAGGAGUCUAAGUCCCAUUGACUUUGAAUAGGACUUAGGCACCUAAUUGACAUAGGCACUUUUGAAAAUUUUACCCUGAAUGUUUAUCUAGCUCUUGUUUGUUUAACACAAAAAAGUGCAUCAGAAAGUGGGCACGGUUUGACAGAAUAAAACACAGCAUAAUUUCAAGGAUCGAUUCUGUAAUAAGCACUGACCCAAAGAUCUAAAGAAAUCUGUUUAGCUCAUACAUCAACAUCUUUUACUAUUACAAAAUUCAGGACACAUCAGUUAUCCUCUGAUAGUAAAAAGGUGUGGAGGAGGGGAAGUAAUCAAUAUUGUGUAUUGGCCUCUAGCCCUCCAUCUCUAAUUUCCAACAAUGUGGUCGUAUAUUAGUUCUGUGCUUCUUAAUCUUGUAUGCUUUUAAAAUAAUAAUGAAGAUUUAAGAUAAGUAUAUCCCUGUUCUGCCCAUCAUUUAGCCAUUGAUAAUGCUAAUAUGUUCCUUACUGCCUGAAAUACCGACAUUGCUCUGGCAUGUCAGAAAUUCCAUUUCUGGAACUCUGCAUCUCCUUGAAUUACUUCUUGAAAUCAGGAUACUUUGAAGAGUUUAAAAUAAUUUUUCAAAGAACUAAAAUGUAAUCAGAUCGCGUGCCCCUUUUAACUUUUAAGCAAUGUAUGAGACCAAGUCUCAGAAUAACAGGUAGUGAAGAGGUACCAUCCAUCUCUGUCAAAUGUAACAAAAUGUAUCUUGGAUAUAUCCCUUUCUUUUUUCCACAUAUUAUAUAUACGUAUAUACGCAUUGUGUGUCUGAGUGAGAGAGAGAGAGCAUGUGAAGUUGCUGAAAUUGAGACAGUGGUCUUUCUAAAUACUAUGGUAUCAAUGGUCACGUAUAAAUCAUUAGUUGGUAGACAUAAUAUGAACACUUACAUGCUAAUUUUUAAAUUAAUUCCGGUAUGAUUUGAAUGCUGUCAAGAACAAACUGGUGAUAGAAAUAUCAAAUUCAAUCACUUUUGUUUGACAAUUGGAAUAAGUAACACAUUGUUCUUCUACAAUACAGCUAUUCUGUGGUGCCUAAUGUUGCUCAUGUUACUUCUUUGUUAGGCAGUAUCAACAGAUUAUGCAGGAGUGCCUCAGUUUAGAAAUCAUGGCGCAAACUCAUCCCUGGUAUAAGUGGUCCCAACUCCACUGAUGUCAAUGAAGUUGAGCCCCUGGCAGUGAAUUUAACCCUAACUCUCCAAAGCUAUAAAAAUAAGAAAUAAGCUUAAAGGCUAUUGAUUUUUAACUAGCAGACAGUAUUGUACCUAAAUACUUACAUUUCUUCUGUCCAGUACAAAUAAUGAGUGCUUGUUUCAGGUACUUAACACUUUUCAGGAUCAUUCCCAAAGCUUCAGACAGUUGAUGUGUUAACAAGUUCCUUUGUUAUAUGUUUAAUAAAUACAAUAAUGAAAUUGUUUUCUAAUAUUUUUAUGAUAGUUUGGAAACGUAGGCCCAGAUCCCCAAGGACAUUUAAGGGAAGCUAGAAGCUUAAAUAUCUUUGUGGAUCUGGGCCCUAUUGCCUGAGGCUCUCCUGCCUUGCAACUAGUGUAAUCAUGUACACUUGUGCAAAGUGGGUGGAAAAUGCUACUAGAUUAGAUAGUAUUUUGCACCCACUUUGCAUGGACAGAAUAAUUACAAGAAGUGCAAGUGCACUCUAAUUACAAAUAUUUUGGAAAUUACCACACUUUGCUGCAGAUUAUUUGAUCUGCACUGUAUUCCUGUACUCCUUAACCUAUUUAUAAACUUUUAGGGGGAGAAUGAUGGGUAAAUCAUCAAACUUUUUAGCUGAUAAAAAGGCCGGAUAACAUAUUCACCACUAUAAACAAAUCAAUAUUUUAACAUAAUUUGAGCUGCUCUAUUGUUACAUUCUCACUACCAAAAAGAUGUUUUAUAGAUUAUAGCCAUAUACGGAUUGCUCUUACUGUUCUUAGUUUUUUGACUGAAGACACGUCUUCAUAAAUAUAACAGUGCUUAUCUUUUCACUUUGUAGUUACGGAUAUUUUUAAAUCACAGGAGGAAAUGGUUAUUGUAUUAAAAACCUAAGUAGGAACUGGAAAUCAAGGCCAAAUUAGUGCCUGAUAUAAGCAGUGUACUUUCCAUUGGUUUCAUCGGGAGCUCCCCCUACUUAUGCCAGGAUUGAAUUUGGGCCACUGUCUAAAAUAGGAAAAUGGAUUUCACUUUGAAAAUAUGUUUAUAAAAAAAGUCAGAAAUGUCCAUGUAUUAUUGAGUUUUUCUUUUCUAAUGCUAUGCUCUAGAUAUCAGAUGGUAUCUUUUGUUUUGUACUAUACCAUAUAUAACUGUAGUUUUUAUUGUAAAUGUUGUUUGUUUUGUUUUUGUAAUAAAUGUUAAAAGCUAAUGGUUACAAAACUUACUGAAUUGACCAAUGUGAAAAUUA